AUGCGAUCGUGCAGCUGGUUGCACUUGGUUCUCAUUGGAGCCGCGGCAAGGAGCUGCCUACAGGAUCCCAUGCUCAGGGGAGGUGCGGCAGCGCUCAUCGGCCAUAGGGCUCGAGUUGCGAUGAGAGGAGGGUACCAGGACAUGAUGUACACCGACAAGACGUUCUCUCCCGAAGACUUCACGGCCCUCUUUUCGCUGCAGGACAACGAUCUCAUCUCGCUCUGCCAUGCAUGCGGCAUCAACCCUUUCGGAAUGACUUCGACGGAGAUGAUUCAUGCGCUUCAGAACGUCGAGGGAAUCUACAAGGAGUUCCUCUCCGAGGCCCUGGAGGAGAUCAGGACCGGCCGGCCAGCGGAUUGCUACCUGAACAACACAGGCAUGGAGGACGAAGCUGGGAUGCAGCCUGUUGAGGUCAUGCAGGUGAUCAACGAAGCUCCAAGAUUCGAGAACCUGAGGAAGGGCUUCUUCGACCCCCCUCAGCAAGGGAUCCCAACUUACCGUUCAGCGCUCAACCCGGUUCCUCGCAACUUGAAGUCGCCCGUGAAUCAAGAUGAGAAGCUUGACAUUGAUCAACUUGAAGUGAAGAAUCCCCCGAAGAGGGCGAGGAAGGAUGCACAGCCGGCAAGAGGGAAAGGGAGGGGGAGAGGUGGAGCGAGAGUUGGCCAGACCAGAAAGGGAGCAGGAGGAGGCAGAGCAGGAGGAGGAGAAGAGAAUGAUGGAGGAGGAGUUGAUGAAGAAGGAGGAGACGAGGGAGGAGCAGCAGUCGAAGGUGCAGAAGGGAGAGCUGGAGCCAUGGGCAAGACGAAGUCUUCAGCGCGCAUGGAGAUGCCUCCUAGAUUCUGUCAGUUCCCCAAAGGAUGUCCGGAGCUGCCCUACUGGGGCUACAUAGACGACGGGGUGCCGAGAUUUUGCCUCAAGCACCGCCACGACCACCACAUAGACGUCCGGAGCCCCCCGAGGUUCAAGUACAUGGGGAUUGCUCCCAACGGCACUAGAGUCUUCAGCCUGCGCAAUAUCCCAGUGGCAGAGGACCCCGACAACCCCGAGGACGCGCUGAGGUUGAUGAGACACUUUGACGAUGACCACCUGUGCGACCUGUGCGGAGCCAACGGGCUGGUACAGAUGGCGUACGAGUUUCCCUUCCUCCUCUGGAAGUGGGACACCAGGAGGGUACAGCAUGAGGUGUGGAUGAAGGAAGUUGGGAGGAUGCCGUCUCCUCCUCCUCCUGAGACCUUCGACUUCAACCCUGACCUGUUCCCCAAGGGCCCGUACUACACGCCCUCCGAUGUGGAGUGGAAGCGCUUCGAGGGGACGCAGGAGGGAGUGGACCUGAGGACCAACAAAGACGUAGAGGAUGCGGAGGAGCUGUAUGCAAUCCUGGAGGAGGAGCGAGAGCUGGCGGAGAAGGAGACGGAGGAGGAGAAGCAGAAGUUUGUCGACGAGUUCAUAGCCCGUUCCAUUGCCAACCAGCGAGCACUCGGCCUGCUGGGCAACAAGACCAGGGAGGGCUCGAGGAAGAGUAAGAAAGGGGACGCCAACGACAUCUUCAAGAUGGACAGCGGUUGA